AAAUUGGAUUAGGCGCAUGCGUGGCGCGAAAUUGCACUUCAUGAGUUCUGGUUGCAGUGAGUUGUAAUCGGCACAGCAUAGUUUGGUCGCAUUUUCAUCCUUCCACAACUACUUCCUGACCCUAAGAGGAUGGCUGAAUUUGGAUUUGCUCGUUAUGGUCAAGAUGAUGAAAUUGAGGAAGAGGAAGAAGAUGAUGAUGUGCCAGCAUAUUCCGCUUCAAGAGAUGGCAUUGUCUUCCUUGUAGACUGUUCAAAAGAAAUGUUUGAAAUAGGAGAUGAUGGAACCUGCCAUUUCCAGAUUUCUAUUAAGUGCAUUAAAACAACAAUGCAGAACAAAAUCAUCAGCAGUGAAAAGGACUGUGUUGGAGUUGUUUUCUUUGGAACAGACAAAAGUGAUGGCCCUAAUAAACAUAUCAACAUAUAUCAUGACUUAGAUCAGCCAUGUGCCAGCAGAAUACUGACCCUUGAGAAUUUAGAGGAAUUAGGCUGGAAGGAUUUUAACAAUGUCUAUGGCCAUAACCCUGGUUACUCACUUGCGGAUGCUUUCUGGACUUGUGCAGAUAUGUUUUCAAAAUGUCCUCAAAAACUGCACUUGAAACGAGUGAUGCUAUUUACCAACAAUGAUGACCCCCAUGCAGGCAACCCUAUUUACCAGAAACAAGCUUGCACUAAAGCUGGUGACCUACAUGAUGCUGGUAUAGACCUUGAACUCAUUCAUCUGUCUCGCCCUGGCCAAAAAUUUGAUGUCAACAAGUUUUAUAAGGAUCUUCUGUAUCCUGAUGAUGAAUCAGCACAGCUUCCUGACCCUGCAGAACGCCUUGAAGAGUUGCAGACAAGAGUGCGGGCCAAAGACAAUAAAAAACGGGCAAUUCGACGUGUCCCUCUCACUCUUGCAGAGGGUUUGAGUCUGUCAGUUGGCGUAUACAGCCUAGUACACAGAUGUUACAAUCCACCCAAAGUUCGACUUUCUAAGAAAGACAACUCCGAGCUGAAGACUCACUCCAAUGUUUACUUACAGGACACAGUAAAAACAUUGACGCCUCAAGAUAUGAAGAGGGCACAAACAUAUGGUGGGAAAAAAAUUUGCUUUGAAAAUGAAGAAGUUGUUGAGAUGCGACAAUUUGGUCCCCCAGGUUUUAAGCUGAUGGGUUUUAAACCUCGGUCUAGCGUAAAACCCUAUUACCAUGUCAAGCCAGCGCAGUUCCUCUACCCAGAUGAAGAGACUGUAACAGGAAGUACAUCAUUAUUCACAGCUCUUUUACGCAAGUGUCUUGAUCGGGAAGUCGUGGCUGUCUGCUUAUACAUCCCAGGGAAAAAUAACCCUCCUAGAUUUGUUGCUCUUCUUCCUCAGGAAGAAGAGGUUAAUGAGCGCAAGGUACAGGUGACACCUCCUGGAUUCCAUGUCAUUUUCCUUCCAUAUGCUGAUGACUUUAGAAAAGUCACCUAUGAAGAAGAACCUAAAGCCACAGAUGAGCAAAUCAGUGCUGCCAAAGAGGUGAUCAAGAAACUCAAAUUCCAGUUCAGCAGUGAGUCAUUUGAGAACCCUGUGCUGCAGAACCAUUGGAGGAACAUAGAGGCCUUGGCCCUAGAUAGAGAGGAACCUGACGAACUCGUUGAUUUUACACUUCCAGCAAAUGACAAAAUACAAAAGAAAGCUGGUUCUGCCAUCAAAGAUUUCAUGGAGCUGGUUUUCCCAGCAGACUAUACUCCUGGACAGAAGAAAAAGACUGCACCGUCCGAAUCAGCAGCAGCCAGGAAGACUAAGGCAGCUGAAGCAGUCAUGGAGCUUGACCUUGAGAAUGAAGCUAAGGAAGGCAGGCUUGAGAAGCUCACUGUGCCAGUGUUGCGAGAAGCUAUCAGAAAAGCCAAAAUUCCAUGUAGCGUGACCAGGAAGGCUGACCUGAUUGAUGUUAUCAAGAAACAUUAUGGAGUGUAGAUUUCAAGAGACAAUCUCAGAAACAAAGAACGAUUUAAUUUUAUAUAGGCUGUGAAAUUUGCUCAGAUUUCUCCAGUCCAUGGAUAGGCAUUUUGUCAAAAAGGGAGCGACCCUACUGUUACAACAAUCUCAGAUUAUGAAUGAGGCAGAACAUGUUAAACACUUCAGAUUGUGUAAAACAUGGCUUCAGCAGUUUUCAUCAGGAGCUGGACAUGGAAAUAUGUUACACUUUUAACAGCAAUAAAGUAGCAGAAUUAAACAGAUGCAUGGCCAUGCACAUAACAUUUUUAUUAGGCUGCUGUAGAUUGAAGAUUUGUCAAUAGAAUCAAGGGAAAACCUGCAGAGACAUUAUGUGUGGAAGACUGGACUUUUAUCAAGAUUAUUGCUACUUGACUGUGUCCAUAAGGCAAGGGUCACUUACACAAUAUAUGAAGGAUAAUAAGAGGUGGUAGUGAGAAUACAACAAUCAUACUUGUAAUUCUCUGAGCUUCUUGAAUUUUUCACAGCGAGCUAGGUUAAAAAAAAGAGGGGUGAGGAGUUGGGCAACAUUUCUCCCCUGUAAAAUUGUAGUAAUGUGCUUAUAUAUAGUUGUUACAGAUUUGUGAAAAUCAGUUUUAUGUUGGCCCAUAAUAAAGUAAAAACCUUUCAAAAAGGUGUCUACAUGCUUUUUUGAGGCAGCAAGCAUUUGCAUGUGCAAGGUAACAAUACAGUAUGAUUUCAUGUGGUGAUUGGUGUAUCAAAAAAAAAACAACAAAAAAAGCAUCAUUUUCUAUAUGUCACAAAUUAAAAUGUUUGAAGAA